UAAGAGUGUGUCGUUAUCUUUAUACAGUGUGAAUAAUGUUCAGAUUUGCAUAAAUUGUGUGACUUUCCUGACAUCCUACCUAUUAAGGUUGUUUUCGAUAAGCAGGCAUAUUGUUUAGAAUGAACAAGGUGGCUAUAAUAGGAUGUGGAAUGAUAGGUCGGAGCUGGGCUAUGAUAUUUGCUGGGAGUGGUUAUAAAGUUUCUAUUUAUGACACGGUCCCAAAACAACUAGAGGAAGGUUUAGCUGCAAUAAAAUCAGAGCUUGAAAGCCUAAAAUCUGCAGCUCAGCUUAGAGGAACUUUAUCAGUUGAGGAACAAACAGCCUUGAUCGAAGGAACAACAGACCUUAAGUCAUGUGUUAACAAUGCCUUUUAUAUACAGGAAUGUGUAUUCGAGGACGUAGAGUUAAAGCGACAAGUCCACAGUAAGAUAGAUACUUUGAUGGGCGAGGAUGCCAUUCUUGCAAGUUCUACUAGCUGUAUUUUACCUGCCCGCAUUGCUGACCAACUUAAACAUAGAAAUAGAUUUAUUGUUGCUCACCCGACAAAUCCGCCCUAUUAUGUGCCACUGGUAGAACUCCUCCCCUCGCCAUGGGCUGAUGACGAUGUCUUAACCAAAACUAAGGAUUUAAUGGACAAAAUAGGUCAAACUCCAAUCACAGUCAAAAAGCAAAAGGAUGGACUAGUUUUGAACAGAUUACAAAAUGCAAUAUUCAAAGAAUGCUUUGAUUUGUUUAGGAAAGGAGUUAUGACAGCAACAGACAUAGACCUAGUAAUGACAGAAGGGUUGGGAAGACGAUAUGCCUUUCUUGGAGUGUUAGAAACUGCUUACUUAAAUGCUGAUGGCUUUGAUGUUUAUAGUCAAAGGUAUGCUAAGCCAAUACUUGAAGUUCAGAAGACGUUUGAACCACCAGAGCCUUUUAACGAUGUUCCUGUUCUCAGUAAGAUACAAGAGGAAAUGGUGAAGAAAACACCACUUAAUAAACUUCCUGAACGAUACCAAUGGAGAGAUGCUAGGUUAUCUGCUCUUAAUACACUCAUUAAAGACAUGAAUGAAGCUGAUGCUAGUAAACAGUGAAUAAAUAUCAAUAAAAUAUAGAUUUGA